AUGAUACUUGACGAGAAGACGCUCAUGUACCCCCCACCGCCCCCAUACUCGACUCCGACGUCCGCCCAACGCAAGUCUUUCAGCUCCCUCCCUGCGCACAUCCUGCUCGAGAUCAUCGCAGACGUCUUCCCGACCGAGUCGGACACCGCACACCUGCUGCGCCCGGGCGCAAGUCCGUACGAUCCCCGCUUGUAUGAGCCCACGAACCCAGAGGAACAACGCAAGGUCCUCUUUUGGCUGUCAACGUCGCUUCGGCUGGUAAAUCGGCAGCUGUACGCUGCAUGCAUGUACAUCCUGCGCUCGACGUACCUGCAGGCGUACCAGUCGCUCAUCCGGCCGCCGUACACGAGCGAUCCAUUCCCGCUCAGCGACCCAUCGUCUUUGGCUUCCUCAAACACCAACUCCCAUGAUCCCUCCUCGUCUCCCACCCCGCCCGCGUACGCCUCAACCACCUCGUUCGCCUCGGUCUCUUCCUCCGCGACAGCACAUCCCAACGUCAACCAGUCCCCCUUCCACAACCUCCCGCGGGAGACGCCGAUACUCGACCGUUUCAUCGCGCUCAAGGUCCGGCACGACGUGCUCGCGGAUGAGUCCGAGUUGCACGGAGACAGAGAAGACGCUUUCCGGGACGUGUUUGACGUCGCACAGCCCCGGGCGAGGUUGGAGGACUUGGUGCGGGUGUAUGGAGUGCGGGAGGGGGUGGUGAGCGUACCGCGGGAGACGCCGGGUAUAGGGAAAGGGCAAGGGAGUGCAGAUUCGUCGAGUGCGAGUUUGCCGAACUCGCCGACGAGCCAACACUCACAUCAUCGACACCAUUCACACCAACAGCAACAGCCACAGGCCAAAAAACGCACUCCUAUCAGCGCUUUCUUUUCCUUCAAGAAAUCCUCCCCGACGCCCCCCGUCUCCUCUUCCUCCAGCAGCAGUACCCGAACCCAGCGCAAGCAGAUCGAUCCCCUUCCAUUCGCAUCACUCUCAGUAUCCUUCUCCCCCAGGAAGGUCGGGUUGGUGUAUAACCGAACGAAGACGAUCGCGGAGAUCACCAGGGAAGGACCCAGGAGGGAGACAUUGGAGGUGCUGGCGAGGAGGUUGGUGGCGGAGCUGCGGGUUGUGCUGGAGGAAGACUAG